AUGAUAGUACCUAUGCCUCAUUUUGAAGGUGUCUCAGUGAAACCAUUAUUACCUGGAAAUCGACCGGAUACAACACAACAAUCUCAAGCAUCUAGUCCUAAUACCAGACCAGCAACAAUUGAUACCAUCUCACCCGAAGAACGCAAUAAUUAUAUACAAUUAUUCCAAUCAUCUGGACCUAUUAAUGGUGUACUUCCAGCUGAAAAAGCAACAUCCAUAUUCAUGCGCUCACAAUUACCUUCUAGUACACUUCAACAUAUAUGGGAUCUGGCCGAUACAAGAAAAUCUGGAUCUCUCAAUCAAACAGAAUUCAUCAUAGCCAUGCAUUACAUUACUGUCAUUAGAAAUGGUACCAUGUCAACAUUACCCACCACAUUACCGGCCACAAUAUAUGCUGCAGCUACUGGUCGACUGACUUCUUCUAUUGGACGACAAAAUACUACCAUGAGAUCACCUCUCAUGCGUCAUAACACUGUCAUGGGAAACACCAACGAAUUAGGUAUUAAACAAAGAACAUCAUCUGAACUUGGUAGAUCACCCACAUUUUCUGGAUCAACGCAACAAAGAGUUCAAGAAGAUCUUCACAUCACCGAUGAAGAAUAUGCCAAAUAUCAACUUUUAUUUCAACAACUAGCCAUCAAUGAAACUGGUGCUGUCUCUGGGGCUGAUGCUGCUCAUUUUUUUAAUCAUUCAAAACUACCUGAAACUGAUUUGGCAAGAAUUUGGGACUUGGCUGAUACAAGAUCAAAAGGAGAACUAUCUGAACAAGAAUUCUGUAUUGCCAUGCACUUGAUCAAUCGUCGUAUGGCGGGUGGACAAAUACCUACAAUAUUACCUGCCUCCAUUUUGCAAAUGAUACCAUCUUCGACUUCUAAUAUCAGCCAGCAACAGACUAUGCCCAAUCCAUCUCCAAUGUUUACUGAUCUUCUUGGACUUGGUGAUCAACCACCACCACCACCGCCACUACAACAACAACAACAACAGCAACAACAACAAUUACCACAACAGAACACGACAAUAACAUCGGAUUAUGGACUUCAAAAUAAAUCCAGUUUAGAGAACAACCUCAAUUCAAUCCAAUCACAAAUCAAGACGGAAACGUCACUUGUGGACUCUCUUCAAGCACAACAACACAGCAUGAAUGAUACAAUCCAAGUAUUAGAAUCUACCAUUCAAGAAGAAAAGAAAAAGUUGGAGAACUUGAAACAUACUGCUGAUGAAUUGUCACGUCAUUUGGAAGCUCAACGCAAAAAGAAGGAAGAUCUUACUCGUGACUUACAAAUAUAUCGACAAGAAUCCAAACAUUAUCAGCAACGUAUUGAUCAAUCUCGGCAAGAAUCACAGGAUUUGGAAAAGGAAAUAUCGGAUUUAGAAAAGAAAGCAACCACAUCUUCACAACAAAUACCAUCCUCCUCACCGUCAUCGUCAUCAAUAUCGCCAAAUACCGAUAAUGCCAACGUAUUUGCACUAUCAUCAACCAUCUCUGAUCAUGACUUAUUUGCCAAGGUGGACGAUACUCCAGCAUCAACACGAAACAGUAGCGACUCGAUCGAUCCCUUCUCGGCUAAACAUCAGCAAAAGAAAGCUUUGGCUAAUGCAACACCCACUCUGAAUCGAUUGAAAGAAGCUAACGAAAUCCGUCGAGCCCAAACUCCCAAUGUCGACAUUAGUGAAGUGGAGGCCAAGUUCCCUGAUCUUUCAACGAUGGAACAUGAUUUUGAUACAUCUUCCAAUGACAACAAAACAACAACAACAACUCCAUCAGCUUCAACAUCUACUAAUUCCAUACCCGGCCUUUCACAGCCGACAUCAUCACCAUUUCAGUCACCUUUCGUCUCUUCAUCGUCAACACCUGCUGCCACCAAACCAUCCAAAUACGGCUUUGAUCUUUCUGCAUUUGAAGGACCCAGUCAGUCGACUUCAUCUCCAUCGUCAGUACGUGAUGAUUUGACCUCUCUUUUCGGUGGUGUUAGUCCUGUUCAGUCAAACAACACAAACAUCGCAACAACCUCUAACAAGAAUUCUUUUGAUGCCUUAUUCAACAUUAGUCCAUCAACUUCAUCUUCUGCCAAUCAACCACAAACUUCAUCCUCCAAGCCUACUACUACGUCCUUUACUGAUGCCUUCUUCGGAUAA